AUGUCCGCCAUCCCGCCACAUGAGCCUCGCUCCCUCCGUCACAUGUCCUACACCGACGCAGUUUGCGGCACAGAGAUUUACAAUUUCUACGGGAACCGCGCGCUUGAGCAUACAACAGCAACUGGCACCGUCCUAGCCAUCAAAGUCAAGCCGCUCAGUGCCUUGGACCCCUCAGAAGCCGACAUGAUGCAGUAUGCUGCAACAAAAGGCAUCCUGGCUCCAAACAUCCGUGGCGUCUAUGACAUUGUGACCACAAAGCCCAUCGCACGGGUGCUCGUGAGCGAGCGGGUUCCUGGUGUGCCGUUGGUUGAUGUCUGGUUGGACAUGGAAUAUGCGUUCGCCAUGACAUGA